GCCAGACGAGAUCGGGAGACUGCACAGCGCGCCCAUCGGCCGCGUUUCUCUGCCGACGUGCGCGUGCGUGUGGCGUGUGCACGCGUGUGCCAGACCGACCCCGAGACGACAGGCCAUGGCCCUCCCUGGAUUGCCCGCUGCCUGAACCGGAGCCCGCGGCGCGGACCAGCGUCGACGGUAACUGCCAGGAAUCCUAGAGAUGUCACGCCCGUGGAUCUAGCAUAUUGGUUGACCAAAAAAAGGCUCCACCACGGCAGAUAGCGGGGAAGAAAGAAAUCUGUGCAUCAAGGUCCCGAUGCCAGGCCAGACGACUCAGAGUCUUCAUGGCAGCGCUCCAGCCGCCGGGACGCCGUGUUGCGAGUCCGGGCGCCCCGUCUUGACCGACCCGAUCACCGGCCAGACGGUGUGCUCCUGCCAGUACGACGCGCAGCUGCUCAACUACCAGAGGCUCGCCGCCUCCGGGCUGCCCAUCAACAUGUACGGGACGGCGGCGGCGUACGCCGGAGACCAAGGCUUCCUGCCCCUCGGAGCCGCCGAGCAGUCCGCCUUCUACUCGCCUUCGGCAAAUGGCUUCGACCUGAAGGAGAACCUGGAAGCAUGGCGGAACCUCCCGUACGCUGCGUCCAUGUACUACCCGUACGACUCGGCUGCCAUCGCCGGCUACCCUUUCGCAAAUGGGUACGGCAUGGACCUCAACGGCGCCCGACGCAAGAACGCCACCAGAGAGACCACGAGUACGCUCAAAGCCUGGCUAAACGAGCACCGAAAAAACCCCUACCCUACGAAGGGCGAGAAGAUCAUGCUUGCCAUCAUCACGAAGAUGACGUUAACGCAGGUGUCCACUUGGUUUGCGAAUGCCCGGCGCCGGUUAAAAAAGGAGAACAAGAUGACCUGGUCACCUAGGAACCGAUGCGACGACGACGACGACGCGGACGGAGACGACGCGCCGCCUGCGCGACACGACUCCAAGGAAGGCCAAGGAUCGGCGGCCGCUUCGCGCCAGGAGAACUCCACCUCUUCGUCGGAGGCCGCGGCCAGGGCGGCUGAGGAGCUGGCGCGCCGGAACCACCAGCUGAUGGCGGCUGCCGCCGGCACAGCGGGUCUGUCGGAAAGCCGCAAGAGGCCACGGGAUGAGUCUGAUGAUCUCGUGGAUGUGGACGACGAUUCGCGGUCCUCAGACCUCACUGACUUGCGGCGGCCGAGCGGGACGUCGCAUUCGUCCGAGGAACCUCGACAUGGUCUGCAGCAGGGCGGCGGCAACUUGUCGGAUGCCUCGCUGUCUGACUCAGAGUCUUCGGCGCGGACACCCGCAGCAUCGCCCAACGGACACAGCGACGUGUCUUCAGCUCCGAAACCGCGCAUAUGGUCCAUCGUUGACACGGCGACGUCCGGCAGUCCAAGCCACAGCAUGCUGUCGCCGGGGGCACCGUCGGCAGCCGCAGUGGCGGCGCGCAUGGCGUCGCUGCAGCGCUCGGCGCGACUCGAUUACCUGUCCCCGUACCACAAGACGAGCUCGUGGUACGCCAGUACGUUGGGCAGCCUCGGUGGCGGCUCGUUUCCCCUGUCCACUGUGUACAGCGUGCCAACCAUCAUGUCGCCAGCGGCGGGACUGGCGCCGGUGUCGGCCGGCUCUCCCCUCACGGACUCGACGACGGCCGCGUCACUGAGCAGGUUACGAACUGCCGCCGCGUUCUCUGCGGCCGCCGACAUGGUGCUGCCGAAGCCGGCCGCCGCUCCUCCUCCGCCACCGCCGGGACCCUCGGGUGCCUUCAACCUGAGCCGGCUGGCGCCGGCACGCUCCUCGGCUGCCGCCAUCGCGGCCGCCGUCGCCUCAACCAGCAGCAGCCCGUCGACGAGCCAGGCGAGCGCGCCGCAGCCCAGCCCCUCAUGAGGCAGCGCCCGGCGACGGCUCCGUACUGCUGCCGGCCGCAGCGCCGCCUUCCGCGCGCCGGGCCGCCAGGGACACGCUUCUCUUGAGGGAUGAGCGCUUCGGACUUCGUCGCCGUGUUUUCCCCCGCGUAGUGUGUGUGUGUGUGUGUGUGUGCGCGUGUGCGUGUGUAUGUGUGUGUACGUGCCGCUGUCCCAGCGUCGUAGCACUGCAUGUAGACUGUGCCGUCACAAUGAUGUGCGCGAGCACCUUAGAAGACCUCCCUUCCUCUGGCUGCUGUGCCGUGUGUGCAACUCAUGAAAAUUUUGACAGCACGCCGAACUUGUGCUGAACUAUCAUCAUCUCGAGCUUCCUACUCAAAGCAUGGGGCAUUUACUUGUUAUCACUAGUGACUUCGCGCUCACUGGGCACCGCUUGGCUACCGAAUGGCAAACUGAAAGAUCCCAGCGCCACCUGCGAUCCAGGCACUGGACGUCAUGCCAGGUCUGCGUGGUACCUACGCGGACAAGCUUGCUUUUAGACGAAUGCUUUGUAGCACUCGCUCACGACUGCGAAAGAGAGGACACAGUGCGCGGACCUCUUUCAUUCUCUUCGUCCCUUCCCCACCCUUGUACAUAGAAACAAUGAGAGAAGGAGAAAAUAUCUCGUGUCCUGUUUGCUGCCGCCUCACCCUACAUUGAUGUCAUCUUGCAUCGUUCACGGAGAGAUCCUCUCAACGAGCCUCGCACCCACGCCCCCUUGCUGCUCUUGUGUACUAGUGCUGAGACAGAUUCUUUUCUUCUUUCGUUGUUGUUGUUAAAGCACGUCAAGAAAGGUCCAGUGCGCCGAUAUUUUAGAACGUUCGCGUAUUUUGUAAUGACCGAAGUGGCUUCAAGUCUCCCUAACGUAGGAAUCCCUUUAACGUUGUCUUCUUCGAAGCAAUGCUUACCCUACCAGGCCUGUUGAUUCACAAGAGUCACGGUGCAUUUUUUAGUCAAGUACACAAACCCUGUUCCGCCUGCAAGAACAUUGCAGCGUUUGUAUGAUUUUGUCGAGUGUUCUUCGUAAGAAGCUGUGUUAGCUCGUGGAUUCACGCUGAACAUCGUAUGCAGCUCUCUCUUGAUCUUAUCUCACUCAUAGUUGCGCAUGUGAAUCAGCGGGAGCAUUUUUAUGUGUUUGCUGCGCAUUGGUUCGUAAAUUAAACGCCUCUCUAUAUGCCCGUAAACAGCACAGCAAGCGUGGUUGUGUGUGCUCAUGUUGGACAAAUUAGUUCCGAUUUUCAACAUCAUGUUUUUUGUAUGUUUAGCUAAAUUUUUCUCCUAUGCGGGAAGACAUACAAUUUUCCAUCGCAAUCAGUGUUUUCUCUUUCACGCUGCCUUCCUAUUCGUCGUAAUCUCUAUGAUAAUGUUUAUCGCGAACAGAGGGUUACAUUUUGGCUCUCGAUAGCUUUUAAUCGUCAGCUUUGCUAUAGAUAAACGUAUUCCUGGCUCAAAAGCGUCUGCGAAGCUGGUUGUCGUCGUCUAGUUAUUGAACACUGUUGCUGAAAUGACAGGAAAUUUUUUGACAUUGAAUAUGACUGUCCGCCGAUUGUUCGGUGCAGCAGUUCAAGCAUUCGUCAUAUAUUAAAGCUUAAAAGUUGAUCGUUCAAUUUUUAUCGCAGCCAAUCACACUUUCAACGCUGUCCAUGCUCCACAUGAUACUUUAGAACAACGGCUGAUGGCGUUAGCUGGAAAGCAACGGCAUCUCACUUGAAGGCUUUCCGGUGUCAUGGAAUGCAGCCCAGCGCGCGACAAUGAAAGUGUGAAAGAAAUAAAAAUAUCGCACUUCAUAAAGUCAAUUUGGAAGCUACGCUGUGAUUUGCGAUAUGAGACACCACUCAACACAUAUCACUAAUGCGACGACGUCCGGUGUUUUAUUUGGGCUAUGUUAGGCUACUUGGGCGCAGGCUAUACAGAUACGCCGAAUGAUUGAGAGGAAACAAGGGAAGUUUGUGAGGGGUCACUAAGCACGUGCGACCAUAGCAGUUUUCACUCCUCACCAUUUCGCAGCUUUUAUCAAAUGUUUCUCAAAGCCAAAGUGAUAAAUGCUCCAUACAGUAGAACGCUCUUUUUACUUAGAAAUAUUUAUUUUGUUGACUUUUCAUUUCUCGUCAUUGAGGAAGGUCUCCGAAUGUGUGACAUCCCGCGGACAGAUCCAGCUGGCUCUGUAAAGUUGUAUCAACGAUAGAAGCAAAUCCUGCCACUUGUGAGGUGAAGCACGUUUCGUACGGUUUAAUGGUUUAAUGGGUACGUCAUAUUGAAAGGUGUGCUGUGGUACAGGAUACAUGCGCUAGUUAAAUUCAUGUCCAAAAUUUAAGUACAAGGACGAUGUAUUUCAGCUAUUUGUCGAAGACAGUUCAAGGUUGGCCGUAACAGUCGAAUAAAAUACUAUCGUGCAACAAUAGAGGGCAUGCUGUCGGGCGAUGUUUUAUGCGGUAAAAAUUUGUCUUGUCGCGUUCAGUUGUGUGACAUGCCGGUCCCCAUUUAGAUGUUACACAGUUUUCUUCCCUGUGAGCAUUCUUGUUUAUAUCGUGAAGUGUGCGUGGACCAGGCGAUUAGGUGGUCAUGCGAGCUCACCAAAUAAAAGAUAAUUGCCUAAUGAUGCUUCGCGAACUGAGCCAAGAAUGUUGUUGCUUUAUUUAUAUAGCGGUAAUGUGGCAAUUGUUAGUAUAGCAGAACCGUCAAUGAAGAUGCCCACGCGAGUCGUGUGCUCAUUUUGUCAUAAAACGCUCAUUUUGCCAUCUAAUGCUGAGUUUGAAGGAUCGAGCAAAAACGUGCAAGCAACGCACUUAGCCUUAAAUUACCUGGACAAACCAAGUGCGUCCGGGUGCAUGGUUAAACUCGACACCUGGUUGGUAAGAGAAGGCCUGCGCACUCUGAGCCGCGCAUCGCCGUAGAAAUGCGAUAGCUUACAAAUACAUUUCAAUAGGGGACGCGAGAUAUUGGGCACGGGCAGUAAUAAUCUUUCUUAUUUAUUUCUUUUUUUCUCCAAAACGUGUUUCUUUUUUAUGUCAAUGGAUGCCGUCGCAGUCGAAGCGUGCAGGCCUUCUGCAACCUACAAGUGUUGGUGAAUACGUUUGGAAGUGAAAGUAAAAUACAUCUUAUUUACUAUUAGAACUUGAGAAUGUACACUUCUUUUCGAACGUUGCACAUACGUGCUGGGAGGGAGAAAAAAAAAUUCUGCGGCGGCUUCGACGCGCCACUUGCAUUUCCCGCUUGCCUGGUGAUAUUUUUGAUGCGACUAGUUGAGGAAUGUAAAUGUGCGCCUAUUUCGUGCGGGGAAAUAGGCCGCACCAUGUCCGUCGUUUCGAAUUCUGUACUCAGUCAGUUCUUAUGUGUUGUUGUUGGCGCUUUGCGCCGAACUGUUUUAUUUUGUCGAUGCUUCCUGUGCACAAAACAAAGUUUGAGCAGCUACCACCGUGGGCUUGGCGUUUUUGCAUUGGUGUUUCUAUUCCGCUGUUCUCAUUCUAGUGCUGUGCGUUACUGUGAGUGACGCGCAAGGUUACGAUGUAGAGCUGCUAGAAGAAAUAAAGAAAAGGAAAGCAUGGCUUUAACAAGAGGUGGCGUGGAGGCACAAUGAACUUCCCUCUGUAACUUAUUCAAAGGCAAUGGUGCAAACGGACUGUAAAUAUUUAAGAAAAAAAAAUAAGUGAAUGGUGCAGUGUGUGCAUAGAACAAAAAAGAAACAAAAAGCAGGAUGGUGAAUUUCCGACCCUGAACGCAAAACAGUAUGUAAAAUCUUCUGUAAUAUUUUAUUGUUUUGUUUUGCGUGUCUUAGUUGUUGAUUUCACGUCCUGAACUCUUUAUUUCCCUUUCGAGUCGCUGUCGCGACUGGUUCUCUGGCAACCAUGACGGUGACAGACUGCGUGUGUAAUACAGUGAAAUACAACGUGUUGGAUUAAAAUAUAGUGAUGAUAAAACAUCA